AUGGCUCCUGUUGUAGUUGUUUUUGACCUGUCUUCUGUAAGAAGCUUAUGGGAAGGAAGAAUAAAAAAAUAUAAAGAGCGACAAAGAAAAGAGAGGGAAAUACAGGAGAGAAGUGCAUUAGCAAAGAUCAAUGAGGAGUGGACACAGAGGCUUGAACGUAGAAGAAGAGCCAUUAGGAAUUCCAUUGGGCAGAAUAAACGUGUAAUGAAUGGUGAAGUGCACGUUCGAAUGAACCUUUUAAAAAGCACGGGAAAGAACACUCAGCUCCUAAAUUUUCUGGACUUGACAAAGAAUACCAUAACCAAGGACAAAAGAUUUAUUUUUGAAUUGCAAGGAAUGGAAUGGAAGGAACUUCCUGAUUCCUUAAGGGAGAAGACUUACCUCAAAGAGUGGCAUAUUAAGAAAACAAGCAUAGAAGUCAUUCCAUCAUUUAUUGCCAUGUUCCAGGAUCUGAUUGUGAUGGAUUUAUCCAGGAAUUGUAUCAAGGAACUUCCAGCUGAAAUAGGCAAGCUGACCAAACUGAAAGAGCUGAAUGUUAGUUGCAACAAGCUCACAUCCAUUCCACCAGAGCUUGGGAACUGUGAGAACCUGGAGAAACUGAAUUUAGCAAGUAACCUGGAACUGGCCGAGCUCCCAUUUGAGCUGCGUGAUCUGCAGAAACUCAGCCACUUAGAUCUGUCCUCGAACCAGUUUCUGAGCAUGCCCAUAUGUGUCCUUCGGAUGUCAAACCUCAAGAACCUAGAUCUUAGCAGCAAUAAACUGAAAGAGCUUCCUCAGGAUCUGGACAGACUCAGUGAGCUCCAGUCCCUUUUCCUUCAGAAGAACAAGUUGACCUACCUACCCAAAGUCUUGUGUAGAAUGCCUAAUCUAAAGAUGUUAGUUGUCAGUGGCGAUGACAUAAAGAACUUGCCAACUUCUCUUAUGACGGAUCCCAAUCUAAAAUAUAUUGAUCUACGGGAAAAUCCACUUGACAAUAUCAAAGAUAAUGCAGUCAGUGAAAUCCUUGAAGAUGAUGAACAUAAAGAAUUUGAAAAAGAUUUGAUGCACACGUAUUUUCAGGAUUUGGAAGAAAGAGAAACAGUGCCAACCUAUACAACAAGGGUCUCUCUAAGCCUUCAGCUCUGA